AUGGAUUUUUGGUCGCGAUUGUUGAGCCCCCUGGCGUCGGGCAACCCUCGGAAGGAUCAAGCAAAGGAUCCGGCGAAGCGGCUGCACCGAUUCGAGAAGGAAUACGCGAACCUGCUGUCCAAAUGGCGUACCUCGUCCAACCUCUGCCGCGACAGCGAAGCCGCCGAGACGCUCGAGAUCCGCCUCCAGGAGCUCACCAACAUCCUUAGCGACGAGAGCCGCCGCCCGCUGCCUCACCCCUGCAUCCAGUACGCCUCCAUCAAGCAGAUCUACGUCCCCGUCGGCAAGAUCGCCACCACCUCGUACAACGAGUGGAUCAUCAAGGAAGCCGUCCUGUUCUUCGCCACCCUCAUCGAGAGCGAGGAGGAGGCCUUUGUCGAAAACCCGACCUUUUCGGCCAGCCUGACGAACCUGCUUGUCCGCAUUACUAGUGUCAACAGCGUCCGGCUCGGCCUGGACACCGAGUCGCGGGUGGUCGAGCUCGCCUUCAACAUCACCACCAAGAUUCGCCUCGAUCCGGCCAUCCUGCCGGCCUGGUUCAAGGCUGCCUCACCCGGCGCAGGCGGCGGCGGCGGCGGCGGCGGCGGCGGCGACGACGGGGACCGCGACCAUCGAGACCGGUUUGCGGGCCGGACCCAGCGCGUCGAUUUCCCGCUCUUCUACAUCCUCCUCGACUACAUCCACCAUGAGGGCAAAGUGGGCGACUUUGCGCGGACCGGCCUGCUGUACAUCAUCGAAGCUGCCUCGAGUUCCUCGGCGCUCGAGCAGUGGAUCGUGGAGAGUGACCUGUCGACGCUCAUGGCGACCGGGCUCGGAGCCCUGUACAGCCAGUUGAGCCGGAAGCUUGUCAUUGAUCACCUGCCUCACGACCUCCCGCCGAUCCUGGCCCUUUCCGACUACCAACACCCUGUGUCCAGCUACGAGAUCACAAGCUCCUGCUCGCCAGAGUUCCAGCUCCACCUCGAGACGUUUCUGUCCCAUCUACUGUUCUGGCAGGAUGUCUUGAACCAUUGCCGGUCGGUCGAGGUCAAAUCCACCCUGUUGGAGCACUUUCAAGUCAUUUUCCUCCAGCAGCUACUAUACCCGUCGCUCUUGGAAUCUUCCGACAUUGACGGAGGCUCUUCUGUUGCUGUUUUGACCUAUCUGCGCCGCAUCCUGGAAUCCCUCGAUCACCCUGACAUGAUUAACCUCAUCCUUCACUAUCUCCUAGCUUUGCCCGAACCUGUUCCUCCUAAGAUGAAACCCUCAAGGUCGCUGGUCAGCGAUGCUCGCAGAAGAAAAUCGAUGGACCUGACAAAGAUGCUGGCGGAAAAGGCCGAGGAAACAGCGACCCCUCUUCUCUUCAGCCUUGUCGACCUGCUUCUCUCAUGCCUUCGGUCACAGAAUCAGCAGACCAUCCAUGUCUCUCUUCAACUCGUGUCGGCCAUUUUAAAGAAACACCAUCGUUACGCAGUCUUCACCCUGCUGAGGACAGACGUGCUGCCGAGUCAAGCGGACCACCGCACAGUCGGAGCUCACGAGCAAGAGAUUGACCAUCUCGUCUCCCUGGCUGGGUCCAUUGGCGGGAAAACCAACUUUGAUGAAAUUUACGCAAACAUCCUCAAGGACACCAUGGCAAGAGUCGAAAACCACCAUUGCUCGCUCCGGCUGCUGGCACCGCGAGCAUCAUCCGCCGGUGGUCAGAACCUUGCCGACUCGGCCGACGGGACGCCCGGAGCACCGCGAGACGUCCGUGAACAUACUCUGCGCCCGGAUGACCCUCUGCUCAACGUUAUCCUGGACUUGCUGGAGACGUUUUUCGUCAACCCCGUGGAGACGAACCUCUCGGUAACUGAGACGGUCGUCGACCUGGCCAUCUGCGGGUACAUGAAGAUCGAAGGAUGGCUUGCUCGUAACCCCGCAACCUACAGCUAUGUGCGAGAGGAAGAGGAUCCGGAGCACGGCUGCGAAACCUCGGCUGCCAGCGAGACGGCGGAGCAGCCACCACCAUUAUCACCACCACCGCCGCCGCCGCCACCGCCGCAAACUGCCGACAGCUCCUCCCUGAGCGAGACGCCUGACGAAGCGGGACGCUUGAAGAGUAUGGAGAGGUGUAGAACCAGACCAAAAUGGGUUGAAUCACGCCUGCCGCGGGUGCUGCAUGUGCUGAAGCACUUGGUCGACCAGGUCGCAACGUACAAGCAAAGCAUCCCGAGGUUUGACGAGCUGCUUGAACAGCGGCGAGAGGCAUUCCAAACAGCCGAGUCCAUGCUCGACAAACCCCCCGCGCCGAUCCGCAAGGCUUCCCCCGCUGGCCCAGGGACGCCAGAGCGGCCCAGCCUGGACGAGCAGCUCCACACGGGGUCUCCUCCACGGCCAUCAGCCCUUGAAGGCCUUGCGCAGCGGCUGUUUUCCGAACGAGGGUCACCUGGCAGGUCUGCAAGCCCCAAGGGACGUAAAGACCAAGCCCGCGCGCCGCCGGGGACGUCGACCCCGGGGGCCCAGGUGGCGGGCGGUCUGGAAGUGCUGACUCCCAAGGCGAUACGCGUGCCCCCCAGGGACUUUGCCGCGAGCCACACCGAUGCCGGCAAGAGCGCAAGCGCGAGGACCUUUUCUGCGGCAAGCGUCGCGGAACCGGACCUUGGGCCCCCCCCGCAAGAACGGGACAUGGCAGCCCAAAGCCAGGCGGCUGCCUUUGCGGCUAUCGACCAAAGCAUCCUGUCCAGGCGGGUGGGGCUCAAGAAGGACAAGCCGAAGCCCGUUCCCUCGCAUCCCACGAAGCGGAUCGGAGGCAUAGCCAUUGGAGAGGAAGCAGGAGCAAGCACGACGGAGCAGGUGGAUGACGGGAAGGGCGCUGAUGGAGACGAUGACGACACGUCGCAGGACGGUUCCGAGGCCAAGGAGCACAGCCACAGCGUGUCGGUGUCGCAUAUCCUCACCAACGUCAUCAUCUUCCAGUACUUCCUGCUCGAGCUGGCCGGCCUGAUGCAAGUCCGCGCCGGGCUAUUUGACGAAAUCCGCCAUGUGUGA